AUGUCUUUGUCCUCAGCAAGCACAUUCAGCGCCUCUCUAGGCCUGUUCGCCUUGGGCGACUCGUUCAAUGUGUCUAUGACAGACCAUGUCAUACGAACAGAAGCAGAUCUUGGUGAACUCAACGAGUUUUACAACAUAGAUUUUGCAGCUCGUCGUUUUGACGCUCUACAGACCUACCACAAGAGUGAACAGAGCCUCCUCGAUGACAUUGACUUCGAAGGUCUUGACCAAGAAGGCAAAGUUGAUUAUAUCAUGCUGAACACGUAUCAUACGCGCCAACUGAAUAAUCUCGAUCUGCAAAAGUCUUCCAAGAAGGGCUAUCUACCGCUCCUGCCCUUCGCGGAAGACCUUGUUGGUAUGCUCGAGGCGAGACAGGAUGUUGAGCCCAUGAAAGCUAAAGAGACUGCCGGGUUAUUGAACAAUAUCACCAAGAGUAUUACUGCUGUACAGACAAAAGUCAAAGAUGGAGGUUUCAACGUCACUGAGACAACCGGAUAUCUCGCUACAAAAGCUAUAACCAAUCUUCUCGAGAAUUUGGAAGAGUGGUUCACUUUCUACUCAACCUACGAUCCUCUCUUCGACUUCUGGGUUACUACACCCUGGCAAGCCGCCAAUUCCUCUCUAAGCAAUUAUCUCACCACCGUGCAAACUGAACUCGCAGGCAUGAACCAAGAGGGUCAAGACGCUAUCAUCGGGGAACCCAUCGGUCGCAAAGGUUUGGAGGUUGAACUCGAAGCUGAAAUGAUUCCCUACACACCGGAAGAGCUCAUCGAGAUUGGUAAUCAGGAGUUUGAAUGGUGCGAAAAAGAAAUGAUCAAACAAUCUGAGGCUUUAGGUUAUGGAAAGGAAUGGAAGAAGGCUCUCGAACAUGUCAAGAAUGACUACGUCGAUCCUGGCAAACAAACAGAAUAUGUACGAAGUCUGGUCGUUGAGGGAAGUAACUUUGUCACAGAGCGUGAUCUUGUUACAGUACCUCCACUAUCAAACUCAACAUGGCGCAUGAUAAUGAUCGACGCAGAGCGACAAAAAGUGUCACCAUUCUUCCUCGGUGGGCCAACGAUCCAAGUUUCAUAUCCCGUUACAUCCAUGGAACAUGAUCUCAAACUCAUGGUCAUGCGAGGAAAUAACAAGCACUUCGCCAAAGCCACGGCUUUUCACGAAAUGUUUCCCGGGCACAGACUACAGCUCUACAUGGCAGACCGCUACAACUCUCAUCGCAAGCGCAUCUUCGAUACUCCCUUCUUUGUAGAAGGAUGGGCGUUAUACUGGGAAUUUCUCUUCUACGACCGUGACGACUUUCAUCAUUCGCCUGAGAAUCGUAUUGGAGCACUCUGGUGGCGUAUGCAUCGUUGUCUCCGAAUUAUCUUCUCACUCAAGUUCCACCUGGGAGAAAUGACGGCUCAAGAAGCGGUGGACCUUUUGGUUGACAGAAUUAGCCAUGAGAGGAGUAAUGCUGAGGGUGAAGUCCGUCGGUCUGUGGAGGGGAGUUAUUCACCGUUGUAUCAAGCGGGAUAUAUGCUUGGUGCGCUGCAGCUGUGGAAGUUGAGAGAGAUGGCUGUUGAUGGGGGAAAGAUGAGUGAGAAGGAGUAUCACGAUGCUAUUCUUAGGACUGGCGGGUUGCCGAUUGAGAUGGUCAAGGCUUUAAUUCUUGAUGAGGACCUUGACAAGGACUUUAAGGCGGAGUGGAAGUUUUAUGACUUUAACUAA